AUGGCAACUCAGAACCAAGUCAUGAUAUCUGCCUUUUCUGUGGCUUUUUGCUUGCUUAUGUGGCGCGGUGGGGCCCAUUCGUCAUUGGGCCCAAAGUUCUUGGUUGAGGGACAGGUUUAUUGCGAAGUCUGCCGCACCAAUUUCAUCAACAAACUCAGUGAGCCCAUGCCAGGGGCGACCGUGCGGCUGGAGUGCAGAGGGGAGGAUGAGGGAAACAUUACGUACAGCCAAGAAGGGGUGACAGAUGGCGAGGGAAAGUACCACUUAACCGUGGAAGGUGACCACGGGGAAGAAGAGUGUGCUGUGACGCUUUUCAAGAGCAGCAGAGGUGACUGUAGCGAAAUCCCGGAUGAAGGGUGGGCCACAAAGCCCUCUUCCAAAGUCAUCCUCACAAGGAAUAGCGGUUUUCACGAUGAUACUCGAAUUGCCAACCCAAUUGCCUUCACCACCAAAAAAGCGGCCCCAAAAUGUGGCCACCUCAUGAAGGAGCUCCAGAUUAUACCUAAUGAGCUUUGA